AAAUGCUCCAAUAAUGUACAAAAGAACAGUACAAUUACAAAAUAGCUGAACAUUACAACAGCAGAAAGACAGUGUCAUCAUGAUUGCUUGAUGACAAGAUACGCAUCCGGGACAAAUCUUUGUUCGCACUGCUUCUCGCAAUUUCGAAGACUUGUUUUCAAACCAAAUACAAGAAAAGUAAUUCGCUAGAGUAUGCAUGAAUGAAACAUGCGGGGACCGAGAUGUCACAGCUGCAAGCUUUAGGCUGAAGCAUAUUUAUGCUUUAUCCAAACCUCAAGGAUCCGGUGCAAGCUACGAGCAUAUGAUGCCUCUAUACUUGCUGCGUAUGUCGAGAAGACAACGCGUGUCUGGUAGCUGUGUUAGCCGCGCUAUCAGUUUGCACUACUGAGCGACAACUAGCUU